AUGUCAAUUAAUACUAUACCACUUGUUGAUAAAAGAUUUAAUGCUUCAAUAGAAACUUUUGAUGAAAUACCUGAUUUAAAAAUAAUUUAUCCAAAAGUUUUUCCUGAUGAUAGAGGUUUCUUUAGUGAAACUUAUAAUAAAGUUGAAUGGAAAGAUAAAUUAAAAUUUGAUGAAACUUUUCUUCAAGACAAUCAUUCAUUUUCAAAAUAUGGUGUUGUACGUGGACUUCAUUCACAACCUGGAAUGGGAAAGUUAGUUUCUGUUAUUUCUGGUAAAAUAUUUGAUGUAGCUGUUGAUGCAAGACCAGGUUCAGCAACUUUUGGUCAAUGGAAGUCUGCAAUACUUGAUUCUAAGGUAAAAAAUCAAUUUUGGAUUCCAGAUGGUUUUUUACAUGGAUUUCAAUGUAUUAGUGAAGAAGGUGCUCAUGUAACUUAUAAAUGUACAGGUGUUUAUGAUCCAUCUUCAGAAUAUGGAAUUAAUCCUUUUGAUGAGGAAUUAAAUAUUGAUUGGCCAAUAAAAGAUAAAGAAAAAAUUAUUUUUAGUGAAAGAGAUAGUGCUCAUCCAUCAUUUAAUAGUCUUAGAAAAUAA